UUUAACCUUUCUCUCGCUCUGUCUCCAUCGCCUUCAGGAUCCUUUCAUCAAGUCGGCCAAACCCAAUUCCAUCCUCAGAGCGCUGAUCACAGACGCCAUGGAGAUCAAACUGAAGAGACAGGAGGAGGAGCAGAGGGAGCAGGAUGCAGACGACGACGACAACUCGGACGAGGAUGAGGUCGACCAGGGGACCAUGGUGCGAGCAGGAACCGGAGACUUGGGGACCAUCCGGGCCGCCGGCUCCUUAGCGGGAUCACUCAGCGGUACGGCGCGCACCAUGAUCGAACACGACGACGACACGGGAACCAUGCAGUUGCAGCUGGGCACCAUGGUCAUCAACUCUGACGACGAGGACGAGGAAGAGGCCGGCACCAUGAAAAGUAAGACCCUUUAAACACUGUUUUUAACCAGCAAAACCUCAUUGAGAUUUCAUGUUUUUCUGCAGGAAAUGUUUGUGGAUUAGUGCUUGUGUGUCUAUGUUUGUAUGUUUCCCUGUGACGACGACACAGAUACCUUUGACUCACAAACAUUGAAUACAGCAGCCCGUCGUUAGGAUCCCUCUGUUUGAUGUUCUCUGUGACACAAGAUCUGUUUUCAUCCUCUUUAAAAAUGUAGACCAGGAAUGAUUUGCAUCCACUAGAGGGCACUGUGAGACCAGCACUCCCUGG